AUGAGUAGCGAUAAGGAACUUAUUGAAAGUCUGCAAAAGCAAGUAAAGGAAUUGAAAGAACAGAUCGCAAGAGUGGGAGAAAAUGCUCCAGCGAGAUCCAAGAUCGAAAAACUCUCGUCCGAAGUGAAAGAUUCUAAUCCUUAUUCUCGUCUGAUGGCGCUUCAGCGGAUGGGCAUUGUGAAAAACUACGAGGACAUUCGAAAGAAGACUGUCAUUGUCGUAGCGGAAAUGCUCACGCGUUGUGGCAUUGGAAAACUGAUCCUCUUCGACUACGACAAAGUCGAAAUGGCAAACAUGAACCGCCUCUUCUUCCAGCCCCAUCAAUCCGGUCAAUCAAAAGUUGCAGCGGCUGCUCAAACGCUUGAAAACAUCAAUCCCGAUGUCGUCAUUGAAACGCACAAUUACAACAUCACUUUGGUCGAGAACUUUGACCAUUUCUUGGGGCAAAUGACGAACGGAUCGUUGACUGGUGGAAGAGUCGAUUUAGUACUGAGCUGCGUUGACAACUUCGAGGCGAGAAUGAGCAUCAAUCAAGCUUGUAACGAGCUCGGCCAGACGUGGAUUGAAUCGGGCGUUUCAGAGAAUGCUGUUUCUGGCCAUAUCCAGUUCAUUUCUCCAGGAGAAACUGCUUGCUUUGGUUGUGCUCCACCGCUAAUCAUGGCAGAAGGAACUGAUGAGAAAACCUUGAAGCGAGAAGGUGUAUGCGCUGCUAGUUUGCCGACGACGAUGGGAAUCGUAGCUGGUUUUCUGGUUCAGAACACGCUCAAGUUUCUCCUCGAUUUCGGAGAAGUCAGCCCUUAUCUCGGAUACAACGCCCUAAGAGAUCACUUCCCGAAGUACCCGAUGAAGCCAAAUCCAUCUUGUAACGAUUCUUUUUGCAAAAAAAUGCAGAAAAAGGUCGAAACCAACGAGAAAGAACUGAUCAUCUAUAAGCCCAAAGUCGAGGAAGUAGAAGAAGAAGUCGUCAUCGACAAUCCCUUCGAGAUCGAAAUGUGCGAGGAAGACGAAGAAGAUCCGAUUCCCACUCCAUCCCAAGCUCCAUCAACUCAAAAAGCUGUGACAGAAGAAUCUUCAAAAGAGAGCCCUGCAGUUCAAACUUCCGAUGUUUCACUAGAAGAUCUGAUGAGCCAAUUAGGCAAUUUAUAA